GUGACAUCUAGGGCAGUUGAAGGGCAGUCUUGGUGAGAGGCACACGCGAUGAAGCACUCCUGUUGUUUGACGCUGCUUGCGGCAAUCGCUAUGCCUUCCAUGGGCAUGGAUGUAUUCAAGAAUUACAAGAGUCUAGAGCGUUACUGCCCAGCCCCCUUCUUCGCUGUGGGAACAGAAUGCUUUUACGUGAACGAAGCCGCGAAGACUUGGCUUCAGGCAAGGAUAGCCUGUCAGAGGAUAGGCGGCGAUCUAGUCGAACCCUUUAACACAUAUGUGCUCUUGGAGGCCAUUCGAGGCAAACAUGACUCCUGGGAUGACAAAUGGUUCUGGGUCGGAGGAGAGAUCUUCACCGUGGACAACGACAGCUCCAAGUGGACUUGGUUUUCCGGACGACCCGUAACCGAAUGGUCAGGCAAUCAGCCAGACGCCCGCGAUGGAGAAAACUGCUUAAUGUUGGGACUGAAUCAGGACCCCCCCAUGUACGAUUAUUUCUGCAGUAAUGCUUACCCAUCCAUCUGUGAGCUAUGAGAACAGUGACUGAUUUUGCGUGUGUAUUUGUGAAAUUAUUUUUAUUUGCUUUAGCUUUCUUUGCGUCCAUUUUUCAUAUUCCCUACACGUCCAUUAUUAGCAGUCACGCUUCUCAAAACAUAAUUAAUACAGUAUAGUACAUAGAUGAUACUGAAAGUCCAUGAUCGUCCCUAACAGUUAGUUUAUCUGAAAGGACGAAAGUAUGACUUAAUCAUCAACAAACAAUUACUCUUAUUUUAUUUUUAUGUUAUAAACAUCAUUGGUUUUAUGUGAAUUAAGUUGAUUUCGAAUCAAUUUCAAAUUUACGGCAUUGAACGCCACCGUUUUCUGGAUUUGCCGUUUAUGUUUUGAUAGCGAUGUUUUGAUGGAUUCAGUAAAGAAAAGAGGUGGUGUAAAACGUAGACAUCGUGCAUUUUUGAUUGCAGAGAAAGUGAAAAAACUAUUAGUUGGUGAACAUAAAAAUUGCAUUUGCUUUACA